AUGGACAUCCCUAUCAGCAGCAAAGACUUCCGCUGCCUGCAGCUGGCCUGCGUGGCCCUCGGCCUCGUGGCGGGCAGCAUCAUCAUCGGUGUCUCUGUAUCCAAGGCUGCAGCUGCGGUGGGCGGUAUCUUCCUUGGUGCUGCUGGGCUGGGGCUCCUCAUCUUUGCCUACCCCUUCCUGAAGGCUCGGUUCAACCUGGACCACAUCCUGCCUGCACUAGGUGAUGACCAAUGGUUUGGAUGCUCUCACCCCACAGGAAACCUGAGAGUCCACCCCAACCCAGGGCCAGAUCAUGAGGAGGGACAAUCCAGCACCAAUGGCAAUAAGGAAGGGGCCCGCAGCAGCCUGUCCACUGUAAGCAGGACCCUGGAGAAGCUGAAGCCUGGAGGCCGUGGGGCUGAGGAGGGAUGA